AACUUAUCUAAUCGAAACCAAAAUAAAACGAAAAGCAAACGCUAAAGAGGAACUUUAGUAAGUGACUCAGUCAGUGGGUCAGCGAGCGAGUGCAAUGCAGAUUUUUGUGCCCCUUUUAUUGCUCCUUGUGGUGGGCAGCUGUGAAUUGGCCAAAAGUGCCAAUAUAUUGUGCCUAGUUGGAACAUCCCGUCACAAUAAUCCCAGCUGGUUGCGCCCUCUGUUUUCGGCCCUGGCAGAGCGUAAUCAUUCGUUGACUCUAUUGAGUACCGAUCCCGGCAAGGAUGAUGGUGUGCCCGAAAAGAAUAUUGUGAGAAUUCAUCUGGAAAAUGAGUAUGAUGUGGUGAAAAAGCAUUUUAUGGUCAAAGAGACACGUUAUUAUCACGAACAUUGGAGUGUUAAACAGCUGUUGGUAUGGUAUGAGGCAUUAUUGGGCACCUGCCGCGGCUUGAUUGAAACUGAAGCCAUGAGCCACAUGAAAAAGAAAUUGGAUGACAUUUUGAAAAAAGAAUACAAUUUGAUCAUCUACGAUGCGACUUUCUCAAUGGAUUGCCUUUUGGGUUUAUUGCCAAUCAAUCAAGUGGCCCCCAUUAUGGGUGUUAGUAGUGGCAAAUUGACCACAGAUCUAAUGGCCAUGGUUAGGGCUGAGGAUACCAUAAAUCCAGCCCGAGUGCCACACUAUCUAACCGAAUUGCCCAAGAAAAUGAACUAUUGGCAGCGCGUCUUGAAUCAUGUCAUGUAUUUGGGUGAAUCAUUCGUUCGUUGGUCCGUGGUGGUUCCGGUAUUGAAUAAUGUUCUUCAGGAUCCCUAUGAAAAUCCUUCAGUUCAAUUAAUGUUACUCAAUACUCAUCCUGUCUUGGAUUAUAUCCAAAAUCUGCCACCCAAUGUCAUUGAAGUAGGUGGUCUGCAUAUAUCAUCCAAAACUGAGGCCAUGCCGGAGUAUAUUGAGGAAUUUAUGGAACAAUUUCUUGAUGGCAUUAUCUAUAUAAAUCUACCCUAUAUCGAUUUAAUGAACGGCUUAGGGCCCAAUGCUGUGAUUCAGAUGAUUAAUUCUUAUCCCGAUUGUGGUUUCAUUUGGAAUGCCCAUGGACUGGCAGAGUUGCCUGAAAAGAUUCCCAAUUUGUUAAUGUGUGAUAAUAUUAAUCAGCACGAUAUAUUGGCCCAGCCUCAAAUCAAGGCUUUUCUGAAUCAUGGUGAUAGUUUCAGUCUUCAAGAUGCCAUCUAUUAUGCAGUUCCAUUAAUUGUCUUGCCUUUGAUUUUGGAAGAAUUCAAUAAUGCCCAACGGAUUAAAGAACGCGAAUUGGGUGUGGUACUUACACCCAGCGAAUUCACAUUGGACUCAUUUAUCAAACCCUUGAAGAGCGUUCUAAAUGAUGCCACCUAUACGGAUGCAUUGUAUCAAGCUCAAAUCAAAUUUCGCAAUCGCCAACAGAGACCAGUUGAGUUGGCCAUUUGGCAUGCCGAGCAAUUGAUAUCCGAACCGCAAAUGUAUAAAUAUCUUGCCCAACCGGACACAGUUGGACAAAAUUAUUUUGUCAUUCACUCAUUGGAUAUCUUGAUAUUGCCAUUAUUUGUUCUCAUCACUUUUGUGCUCAAUUUGGUGUACCUGAUCUAUCAAAUCUAUGAGGGCUAUAAAUUAGAGAAGGUGCCAAAGAAAUUAAGUGAAAAACAAAAGAAACUAAUUAAGGAUAAGAAGAACUCAAAAACUAAUGUACCUAAAAAGGAGGAGGCCGGUGAGACAACUAUUGGAGCGGCUGAGUCCAAGGAUAGUCUCAAACCUAAGGAUGAGUAAGCAAUCCAAAGUGUAUUUUAGUUAGAUCAAAAAUAUUAUACACACAUUGUAUUACGUUUAAGACUGCUAAUAAAUAAUACUAGAACUGCCAAAAAGUA